CUCCUCCAUCUCCGUCUCCCUAGUGCAGACCUUCCUCCUGCCCCGGCAUGGGCAUGGCGGCCACGAGGCUCACGGACGACCUCCUCGUGGAGAUCCUCGCGCGCGUGCCCGCCAAAUCGCUCGCCCGUUUCAAGUGCGUCUCCAAGCACUGGCUGGGCCUCACCUUCGACCGCAGCCACCGCAGGAGGCUCCCCCAGACACUGUCCGGCUUCUUCUACAGCAGCGCCGGCGAGGAGUGCUUCCUGGAGUCACCUGUCCACUUCACCAGCGUCGAGGGCAGCCGCCGCCCUCUGGUCCGCACCUCUUCCGCGUUCCUUCCCAGCCACCGGCGCGUCGACCUCCUGGACUGCUGCAACGGCCUCCUCCUCUGCCGCUGGUACGAAGUCUCUGCCCGUGCCGACGAGUUCCGUUACGUCGUGUGCAACCCCGCGACGGAGAAGUGGGUCGUCUUGCCGGACUCUGGCCAGGCGGGCGAGGCGGGCGCCGCUCGUCUGGGCUUCGACCAGGCGUCGCCUCACUUCCAUGUGUUUGAGUUGGUGGAGCAGGAAUUUUUUUCGCCGGACUUCCCUGUCUACCUCAUCGGAGUGCAGGUGUAUUCUUCUGAAUCCGGGAGAUGGGUUCAUAAUGAGAAGGCAUGGGAUGAGCAUAUUAGGCUCGCCAAUCGCCAGUCGGCGACUGUCUUCCUUAACGGCCAUCUGCAUUUUCACACCUAUGACGGCGAGUCACGCCAGUGUCUAGCCGCGGUGGACACGGAGGGGGAAACAUGGACGGACUUCCGCGCCCCUGGCGGUCUAGAUGGCGGUCAUAUUCAGCAGUCACAGGGUCGCCUGCAUUAUGCCAAUUUUCAUCAAGAUGAAGAUGCCCGUGUGGUUCGACUAGUAGUUCAUGUUCUCGAGGACUACGACAGCAAAGAAUGGAUAUUGAAGCAUAGCGUUGAAACUUCAUAUUUAUCUGGAGGGACACAUGUUCUUGACCUUAAUGUGGACUUCCAUUUGAUUGCAGUUCAUCCGGAAUGUAACUUGAUCUUUUUUACUGCGGGUUGGGAUACCACCUUCAUGUGCUAUAAUAUGGAUAGUCGGCGGGUCAAAGUGAUCUGCAAUCUUGAAGAUGGCAAGCCGCCAUAUCUGCCGUAUGUGCCAUUGUACACAGAGUUACCAUCACUGCACACAUGAUAUCAAUAUCACACUUCUGAUGCCUUGAUAAGAAGUGCAUCUUCGACAGGAGUCGAUUGCUGCCGUGGCUUGGUAUGUCUGUUUCAAUUGGUUCUUGUUUUCUCUAACUUGGAUAGUAAAGUGAGGUUCCAAUUCUUGCCAACCUUAGUAUGUCUGUUUGAAUUGGUUCAUGUUUUCUGUAAGCAACUGAAUUUCGUAGACUUGCCUGAAAGACUAAAAGUUGUAAUGCUGCCCUGAUUCUAGGAUUUGUAGCUGGUGAUGCAGUCAGUUUCAUGCGGGACUUAUUUCCUGACGGGUGCAUGCUUUUGCCUUUUGAUUUUGAAGCCGUGGUGGUUCAUUAUGUUUGCUGAUUUCUUUGAGUCAUUCGAAGUUUCUGUUGUUUGUACUUGUUUCUACUACAUACCAAUAGUUUCUGGGCACUGCUACUCAACUAUUUUGGUUGACUUUGUAAACAUUUGGUGAAAGGCCUGAAUCAAUGAUUGCCCACGGGGGAAGUAGAAGCAUUUCAUUGACAAAGACCUAGUAAACGACGCCAUCUCUACUAAUGCUAUAACGUCUGAGAUCAUUUCCUAUUUACUUCUAGAUAUGUUUCUGUUGAUGGUGACGAUAGUGCCGCUAGGUUGGUGCUAAUUACCGCGGCAUGCUUUAAAUUGGAAAAGUUAGCAGCAGAACAUCACCAAGCUGUGAUUAGAUCAUACAUACUGUUCUUUCUUUUGUCAGACAGCUCUCCCUUUCGUGGGUUUUCUUCAGUUUGGUACGUUCAAAGAGUUUGAAAUCAGUAAUGACAUGCACUUCCCGUGGAACUAUAAUCUUACUUCUAGUUGUACGAGACCUGUUGUUUUCAAGUACAACUUUCCUCCUGAAUUAACUGUCGCUGAAAUAAGUUAAUUUCGGACGGUGGGAGUAUUUUGUUAAACUCCAAUGCAACUUUACGGCAUUAUUUCUGAAUUUCGAUUUUUUUAUGUUCUCUACCAUUGUAUAAGAGUUGGGUGAUGGAUGAACAGGAGUAGGAUGGGUGGUUGCACUACUGUAAACAAAUAUCCUUAUUAGAACUACUGUAAACUACACAUCCUUAUUAGAGUUAGCGCAAAUAUUUGCAUGAACGAGGAGAAAGAUCUUAAACUUGCAUUAUAGAGCAGUUUAUUAUUCAAUUUGUGGAGACAUACAGAUGAAAAUUGCAACGUACAUUUGAGAUAAUGGUUUCAUCCUUCACUAGCAAAACGGCCCAUGCGUUGCAACGGGAGAAUUUUUUUUUUAUAAUCUUCAAUGGUCAUGACCAUAUUUUGCUGCAUCACCGAGAUACACUAUUACUCUCAUUUU